AUGGUGAAGCUGUCAUGUACAUUGAUGUUUCUUGCCGGUGUUUUUGCUGAUUGGCUACGAAUGAGAGGUUUUAUAAAGGUGUCUGUGGCGACGGACGAUCCCAGGCAUAAGGGUUUCGCACCAUUGGACCAUCAUUUUGAAGCCGUCUACAUUAAUCAUAUUUACCGGAAAUCGAGUGAUGUGGUCAAUCGGCCGAUUGCUAGCGUUCCAGCUAGCGUAAUGUUGUUGAAAGAUAGGUAUACGGAUGACUAUGGAUGGACGCAAAAAUAUACGGGCACGAUCUCAAAAGUAAUUAACAUGGGUUCUUAUAACUAUCUCGGCUUUUCUCACAAUGACGGUCCCUGCGCUGAAGAAGCUGCGCGAUACAUUGACAAAUAUGGCCUUCACAUUGGUAGUACAAGACAUGAACGAGGAAACCACGUGGUUCAAGCUGAAAUAGAAAAGUGCGUGGCUCGUUAUCUCGGGGUCGAAGCCGCGAUAUGCUUUCCAAUGGGAUUCGGUACGAAUUCCAUGAACAUACCUUCACUCGUGGACAAGAGGUCCUUGAUACUCAGUGACGAGUUAAACCACGCCUCUUUGGUUUUGGGCUGCCGAGUUUCCGGUGCAACUGUGAAAGUUUUCAAGCAUAACAAAGGAAUAUACAGCAUGGAAGGUACGAUCGUGAAUUUACCAGAGUUCAUUCGCAUAAAAAAGAAAUAUGGAGCAUAUUUGUUCUUAGAUGAAGCCCAUAGCGUUGGUGCUCUCGGUCCAACGGGUAAAGGCGUUGUGGAAUACUGGGGAUGCAAUGCUCGAGAUGUCGACAUAAUGAUGGGCACGUUAACUAAGAGUUUUGCAGCAGCUGGUGGAUACAUGGGUGGGACGAAGGCUGUAGUUGAACACAUUCGUCGUCAUUCUGCUGGUCCCUGUUACGGAGCUCCAAUGUCGCCUCCCAUUAUUGCUCAAGUUUUGAGCAGUAUGAAGAUUAUGUGCGGAGAAGAUGGAACAGAUAUUGGUGCUCGAAAAGCCGUCCAGUUGCUCAAGAACUCACGUUAUUUCCGCCGGCGGCUAAAGCAAAUGGGAUUUCUUAUCUAUGGCCAUGAAGACAGUCCGGUUGUACCACUAAUGACGUUUUAUAUCACAAAAGUAGUUCAGUUCUCUCGUCGAACUCUUGAACACGACAUAGGACUUGUUGCAGUGGGCUUUCCAGCCACUCCUUUGACGAAAGCGCGAGUUCGUUUUUGCCUGAGUGCGGACCACACUAAAGAACAGUUGGACUAUGUAAGGAUCUUUAUUCAUUUUACUACUUUUCCCAUGUGUUAG